AUGAAAUAUCCAAUUAGCCAAAGGUUGAACAAACAAAGAAGAAGAAAUAUCUGCUUCAAUGGCAGCGACAACAAUAUCAAUUUAUCAAAAGGGACCGAAACAAAAACUUCAUUAACUUUAUUAAAAAAACCAUCCCAACACCAACUGACACAAUUCACUCCUCAAAUUACAAUGAAAACAUUUUUUUUUGUCGAUUUCAAUAAUCCAUCGUAUCUGAAGCAAAAUAUGUGCAAUUGUUAUUUAUCAUUUAUUCCUUUGAACGAACCUUCUUUCUUCUCCCCCUAUUGUGUUAUUGGCAAUAUUGCAAUUGAAAAUGCUUAA